AUGGACGUUCUAGACGGUGUUCCACGAUCGGUGCUCGGCUAUCCGGUGAAAACGCGUACCCAAAUCGUGAUGACGUUCCUGGUGCCGGUGAUCUUUGAGCUGCUGGUAUACAUCGUGCUGACAACGGCGGAUAUUCUGGUGACCAUCGAGCACUUCCGCAACGGUAACCCGUCGUGGGGAUGGUUCACACUCACCCUUAUCUGGCUGCCCUCGUUGGUGUGUUUUUGCUCCAUUAUAUCUACCCCGGACCGGUGGCCCGUACAGAUUGGGUGUGACAAACGGACGGGCGUGUUUUUAUUUAACAACAUUGCCAUCCUGGUGUUUUUCCCACUGGCUGCUCUCUAUCGAUUUAAUAGACGAAUUUUCUGGAGCGUGGAGGCACUCUUUCACGACAAAAACACCUACGGACGGGCACAGUCGGUGGCAAAAAUAAUGGAAACGUCACCGUGCGAGUUGUACCAUUUUCUUCAAGCUUUUCUGCAAGCGGCACCCCAGAUGAUGUUGCAGCUCUACAUUCUGCUGCGCGAUGGCACAUUUCGCAACUAUGACACGGUUACGGCGCAGGUUAUCAGUGUCGUUUUUUCCUUCCUUACCAUGGCCACAAUCAUCACCAGCUUUCAACGAUUCGAAAGCCAAAAGAUCGUUGGUCGAUGCUAUCCGUGGAGCACUCCGGAGCAAGCCACGACGCGCCGUAAAGAGCUUGUCCGGUCAACAAGCACAGCCGACAGUACGCUGGCCACCCAGACGCCUUCCAUCGCGCCGGAAGCGGAUCCAAUCGUGCCGAGCAUUAUGCGCAAUUUUUACUCCCGCUACGGUAGCGAUGAGGAGCGAGAAUCGGCACGCCACGCAUACUCCGCCAUCCCGAGCAGUCCACGCAAAACAUUAAACGUCGCUGCGGUCAACUUCGAUCGACAGGUAUCGAAAGCGCAUCACGAUCCAUUCGUCAACUUCACCGAUGACGAUAAGCUGCACGAGAUCAACGUAUUCGACACCGUGGACAGAACCGAUGCGAAACCGAAACAAAGUGGACGCAGUGUUAGCUUCAAGCUACGGGACACCGUCGAGGAAUUGCAAGAAAUCGACCAUUAUCUACGCAGCACGGAAGAUGUGCGGAACAUUACCGAUGACAGUGACGAUGAGUACCUGAAGCCGGACGAGUUCGAUGCGGUUCCAAAGAAGCUGGCCCCACCAACGCCGGAAGCAUCGCCCGGUGUCUUCCAUCGGGUGUCCGUGUUCCGGAACAUGUUGCUUUUCAAUGCGGAAGCGUUCAUUAAGGAAAAGGUGCCUAGAUUACCGGAAGGAAUGUUUGAUCAUGCGGACGCUAGCGAACCUGUGCCUCGUAAGGUGGCAACGUCCGAUCAGACCGACGGUGAUGCGAUAUCGUUACCAUCGCGCCGACAGACGAUAGUGGGCCUGGAGCAGGACGAUAUGGUGGGCAAAACGGUGCUGUUCAUCGGAUGGGUUAUGUUUUUGCUGAUGCGUAUGUUAUCGCUGUCGACGUUCUACGUGUUCUUUCCGCUCUACUUCUGGAUGCUGGUCGCUAACCACUACAUGCUUAUGAUCGCUUGCAUCAUUUACGAGGUUCGAUUGCAUGAAAAGUUGGAACGCUACUUCUUCUAUCUCUUCCUUGCCUAUAUGUACAUAUUUUCAUUGCUGGAGUUUAAAAUUCGCUUCAUUCAUGUGCGCUGGUGGUACGUGGGGUACAUCGGUAUUGUGCUGCUGGAAAACGUGGCGAUGUUGGUGGUGUGGUUCAAUCUGGGCGUGUUUGAGUCGUGGUGGUUUUACUUUCUGCACCACACGAUCAUUGCCAGUGGUGCGUUAAGCAUGAUGUGUUUCCUGUUCUAUUACGCAUUUCUUCGUCCGAAGGAUAAGGUUUUGUUUGUGAAUGAGUGA